CUGAGCGGUUUUGUUUCGUAGAUGACGAGGAGAACUUGAUGAAUGUGCAGCCAAUACCUGCAGAGUUAUUGCUGGAAACCUACAAGAGGAAGCUUGCUGAUGAUGGGCGUCUUUUUCUGGCAGAGUUUCAGAGCAUCCCCAGAAUUUCUCCAGGUUCCCAAUGAAAGAUGCUAAAAAGCCCUGCAACACUUCCAAGAACCGCUAUGUGGAUAUUCUGCCAUAUGAUGAGAACCGAGUCCACCUGACCACAGGAAAUGGUGAACCAGGAUGUGACUACAUCAACGCCAGCUUCAUUGAUGGGUUCAAGGAAUGUAAAAAGUAUAUCGCAGCUCAAGGACCAAAGGAUGAGACUGUUAGUGCAUUCUGGAGGAUGGUUUGGGAGCAGCAGUCUUAUAUUGUCAUGGUAACACGCUGCGAAGAGGGAAACAAGGUGAAGUGUGCACAGUACUGGCCAGCCAUGCUAGGAGAGGCUGAGAUUUUUGAAGAGUUCAUUGUGAAGCUGAAUGCAGAGAGCUGCUGUCCUGAUUACACCAUCCGCCACCUCAACCUGAUUAUAAGAGAGAGAAGAACUCUGAGCGAGAGGUGACCCACAUCCAGUUCAUGAGUUGGCCAGAUCACGGCGUUCCAGAUGAGCCCCAUCUGCUGCUGAAACUGAGGCGGCGUGUCAAUACCUUCAAGAACGUGUUCAGUGGCCCCAUCAUCAUCCACUGCAGUGCUGGAGUGGGCAGGACGGCACCUACAUUGGAAUCGACGCCAUGAUGGAGGGUCUGGAGGCUGAGGGCCGAGUGGACAUCUACGGUUAUGUGGUCAGACUGCGC